CAGGUCUGGUGAAGUCCCUGAUUCUAUGGCCACCUCUAAGGAUCAAGAACCCUUCAUUUUUCGCUGUCCUCUACUACAUGACCGACCUCGUCUGCAGCGCUCCUCUGCCGGAGCUCUCCGACGCACAGAGCACACUUGUUGCGAAUCUACAAUUUCAGGAAAUUGUGCAAAGAAGCCGCAGUUUAACAGAAAAGAUCCUGCUCUCCAUUCCCGAGACGCACAAAUCCUGCAUUGACAUAGAGACUCUGCAACUCAAUUCCUCAGAUAAUGCAAAGCUUGGGAUAAUGGCAACCAACAUUGGCAUCCCGUCUGUUCCUGUACUCAAAGUUGUGUCAGAAAAAUUCUCUUUGGAGACCAGUUUGAGACGGAUGUCUGAGGGUCUUCAGUUGCACCGCGACAUGCUGAGCUCGGUCUCCCCUCGGCUGGGGAAAACAGACAAAGUGACUGAAUUAACAGCUGACAUCAGAGACCUUGGCAUUCAGAUCAACAAGAUGCUGAAAAUGCUCCCAACAGAGACUGUGGUGCAGCCAACUUCGACCCCUGUGGCCUUACGUCUGCCAGGGGAGUAUGAGGUUCAGGUGGCAGCACACCUGACUCUGGUGCAGCUGCAGUCCUUUGGGCAGGACAUGAUCCGCCACCUCAGGAGUCUGGACCAGAGCAAUGAAGAAGAGACGGAGAGCUAACCAAAUAUGUGCCUAAAUCUGUCUGCUUUUAGCUCACGUGCAAAAAAUGUACAUCAUCCUGCCCUUUUUUUUACUGUGGUAUUUAUUUAUUUAUGUGUUGAGAAAUUAUUUAUUUUUUUAAACUGAUUUCUAUUUAUUAAUUUAUUUAUGGAAAUGUAGUACUGAAUAUUUAUUUGGGGUAUUUAUUUUUGACAGCUAUGCUUUUGAUCCCUCAGCUUUUUGUUGUUUACAGCUGAGGCAACUUCUUUCAGCCUGAAAUAACUUCAUUAAGCCUAUAUUACACGGCAAUAAUUGGAAAUUAAAUCAUCCUUCAGCCCCUGACAAAAAUGAACAACUAAUGUCUACAAUAUAAAACAAGCCAGAAACUACACUUACAAUUCCUCUCCGUUGUUUCAUAAAGAUGAAAAGCAAAGCUGGAAGAUUUUCAGCAUUGGCUUAAAUAUAAAAUCUUUACUUUUAAAACUCACACAAGGGGGUACGUUAAAGACUAAUACUACAUUGUGUAUAAUUUUACACAUAAUUAUUUUUGUAUGAAUCUUAUUUUUAA